AUGUCAGAUCCCCCGCCUGUCCCUCCUUCCAUCACACAGUUUCCGGAUGUCAUGUUUGAAGUUGACCAACAGACAAUCAGCUGCUCGGUGACAGGAGGAAAUCCUCUAGCUACGAUCACGUGGUUCUGUCCUGGCACUGGAUCAGCAUCAGUCAGUGACAGUGGUCAGACAAGGACAUCUACUCUCUCCUUUACAGUCAGCAGGAGUCAACAUGGUCAACAGUGUCAGUGUCUGGGGGCGUGGCAGUAUGGAGGAUACAACUACACUGAUGUCAGGACAUUCAACGUCAGCUGUCCCUCAAACCCGGAACCGCUCAAAGCCGACUGUAACAUGACAGGUGUAAUAAUAGGAGCCACAAUAGGAACCCUACUUGUUACUUUGCUGAUUGAAGGAUUAGUUCUAACGGUUCUCUACAGGAACGGGUUUAGGUUUGGAAACAUUUUCAAAGGAACUGAUUCACCAAAAAGCACCAGAAAUCCUGAAACUGAAGAAAUGGAAAACACAGCAGGAUAUUCAUCCCUUGAUCACAUCAACAGUCCAGCUCAGUCCCCAACCAUGGAUACAGAGGGUUCGGAAAGACAACAUUACACACAGCUGAAGGUGUAUGAGAAUACAAACGUUGAGGCCAAAGCUGAGGCAAGUAACUACGAAGACAUGACAGAGACGCCUCCUGCGCCAUACGAGUCCAUCAGCGAAUCUCCAUACCAGAACAGCGGCUCUCAACCUUGAGAUCUUCACUUUGGGAAUGCGUGGAAAAAGACAUCUGACACUUGGAUGGAUAUGACUGCUUAAACUUCCUUUUGUCCAAAGUGAAGGACACCUUAUAAUGUGUUUUGCUCUAUAACAGAUGAGUUUAUGGGAGGAGAUGAAACAAUGAAGGAUUGAACCAACAUCCAAUCCCAAUGCGAGCGAUCUUAACUUACUUUAAUCGAAUAGAUUGUAAUAUUAAAACACAAAACAUAGCAAUAUCUUAUGUCACAUGACAUUGGAAUCUGACUGGUUGACACUAACUUUCUUGCACAACCUUGUGUUCAUGUUGAGGGAAUACCUUAUAAUGUUUAUUACGUGUGUUAAAUCUGUAACAUAUGAGUUCAUGUGAGGAAUAUCAUCCAGCAAGACAUAUUGACCCAAUAUCGCAUUUGCUUCAGCUUGUUAAACAUCUAAAUGUAAGUACAGUUACCUUACCGAGGCUCGUGAGGUUCUAACAUCCAUUGUGUAUGGCCUAUCUUGUAGGAAAUCCUGUCAGACAGCUGGCAUAGCCCACCCAAAGGAACAUAGCAUAGUAUAGCAUAGGAACAAGUCAAUCACACCGCGCAGCCAUCUGACGGGAACCGCUCUCACUGUAAGGAAACAUACACACGGCUUUAUGUUGUACAUACUCAACCACAUUUGAGGAACUUAUGCUGGACAUAAAUAGCUACGUUGAUAUGUCGUCUGUUUGUAUCACACUUUUCUCGCAAUGAAUAUCGUGUUGAUAGAAAAUAAAGUUUGUUUUCACGCUGAA